AUGGAGCAGACCCUCCUCACGACCGUCAUGAAAAUCGUCACGCACGCCAACGCCCACAAGGACCACAUCCCGCCCAUCACGGCCCAGGGCGCGAAUCCCUUUCCCUACCAGAUCAACGUCAACCAGAAGGAGAGCGGCGGCUGGGCCUCGCGCAUGGGCAUCUACUGA